AGAAUAUCUCGAUUCUGCAAUCUACUGUAAACAAGAUAAGUAUCGAUAAUGAAUAAAUCUUGACAUUGAAUUUUAUUCAAAAAGUUACAGUGAUAUCAAAUAAUCCGUAAUGACAUUUAUUACUCCAAUCAUAUCAGUCAACUACUACCUACCGCGUAAUACGCGAUCGAUUUUCAAACGCACCCCCCUCCCUCCCCCCACCAAAUAGAGUUUCCAGUGUAAUUCUGUUAUUCUUGAAUCUUCGGCUUGUUUUUCAUUUUUUAGCUCACUUUAAAAUUUCUUCUGGCUUCAAUUGUGCUACGAUUUAAAGUUUUCCGCGUAUACGUUUAGGACGUUACUGCGUGCGGAAAUAGUACAGAAGGCCUCUAAUUAUACCGUCUACAAUAUUAUUUAUAGACUUUGAACCAUAUAGUACGUAAGUAUGUAAUUGUAUAUCUGUCGCGGUUCAUUUUAUCCUUCUCUGUUGCGUGAACCAGCGGUUAGGAGCGACACUAAAUCAAGUGGGAAUGAAACUCGUUGAAACAACGCUAGACAUGGUAACGGAUCCAUGACUGUGCUUCUGUUAUUAUCAACGCCAGUAACGGUUAAACCUAUUGCAUGUGUCGAAAUGAAGGACGAGAAGAGUAACUCUAUAUUGCCCACUGAAGCGACUCGAUUGAGACCAAGAUUGGAAAGUUUCGAUGAUGUUCUGCCGUAUGUCGGUGACUACGGGAGAUAUCAAUGGCUGUUGUUAUUGUCGUUACUACCUUAUGGCGCGACGUACGCGUUUCUGUAUUUCUCGCAAUUUUUCAUUACGAUUAUUCCCACGGAACACUGGUGCAGGAUAGACGAAUUAGUAAACUCGAAUUUCACCGAAGAAGAGAGGAUUAAGAUAGCGAUUCCAGUGACGAACGUUUAUCCUUAUUACGAACAAUGUCAACGGAAGGACGUAAACUUCACAGAGCUGUUGAAGAGCGAUAAGAGCCUGAGCUCAUCGGGCUUCCAAACAAACAAAACGAUAAAAUGUACUCAAUGGGAGUAUAAUUUUACGCAGAUUCCAUAUCCUAGUAUAGGAACUGAGCUAGAUUGGGUAUGCGACCGAGAAUACCUCGUAUCAACGGCGCAGGCCAUCUUCUUCUGCGGAUCCAUCAUCGGUGGUUUCCUAGUCGGUUGGAUCGCCGAUCACAAGGGUCGUAUCCCAGCUUUAAUGUUCUGCAAUGGCAUCGCCCUUUUUGCCUCCAUUUUCACUGCCAGCGCAAAUAGUUUUUGGUCAUUCGCCGUCUGUAGGUUUCUCACUGGACUGGCGUUCGAUAACUGUAUCAACAUUCCUCUGAUUAUCGGUAAGCCUUCUACGAAAGCUUUUGCCACCACCAGAGAUGAAUAUAUUGAUUUUGUUAUUGUUAAAGAUCGUUUCAUCGAUUUUCAUGUCGUCGAGGAUAGUUAUAUCUUGAUAUUCUUAAAUCGAGUUAUACAAGGUGGUUGCUACAACUACAUCGCAGUGGCCAGUACAAUUUUACCAUGGAUAGCCUAUUAUAUCGCGAACCGGAGAUAUUUUACUUACGUUACUGCCAUACCGCUGUUAUCUGUCGCUAUCACACCGUGGAUUCUUCCCGAGAACGCCCGCUGGUACGUUUCCAACGGGAUGAUGGACAAGGUUGUUGAGAAACUACGGAGAAUAGCUAGGAUCAAUCGUAGAAAUCCAGACUCGCGUAUUUACGAUAUAUUAGUUAGUAACAUGGAGGCACCGGACAAAAUUCAAGAAUCAGCGACGCUGCUCGAUCUGUUCAAAACGCCACGGUUGGCGAGAAACACUAUUCUUCUAGUUGCAUUCUGGUGUUUUACCCUGAUCUCGUUCGACGAUCACGUGUAUUCAUUAAAACUUAUCCAGAGCUCGGUGUUCGUGUCGUUCUCGAUCGCCUGUGCCACAGAACUUCCAGCUGGGUUAUUACUCGCCCUGUUGCUCGACCGAUGGGGUCGUAGACUCUGCGGAUUUCUCACGAUGGCAAUGACCUGUGUACUCAGUAUCGCUGAACUUAUGCUGCAUUCCAUGCUCGCGAAAUUAGUAAUGUCAAUAUUGUCGCGAUUCUGUCUGAACAUGGCAGCCAAUGUUGGUCUUCAGUAUGCAGCAGAACUUCUGCCCACGCCAGUCAGAUCGCAGGGCGUAUCUUUCAUUCAUAUUUUCGGAAUAGUUGCACACUCUUUGGCGCCAUAUAUCACUGACUCGGCUGCAAUUUGGGAGGGAUUUCCAAUGCUCAUUAUCAGCACGGUGUCCUUUUUUGGCGCUGCACUGGUUUUGUUCUUGCCGGAAACUGUCGGCCAGAAUCUUCCUCAGACUAUCAAGCAAGGCGAAGAAUUCGGAAGGGACCAACAUUUCUGGUCGUUGCCUUGCUACCAUAAGACACACUUCAAUGGACAUCAACACUAUCACUCCUGUGAACGAUAAUUAUCUGAUUUUUAAUAAUAAUUCAAUUAAAAAACACGAAGGAGGAUUCGUGUUUUUUUAGAAGUAACAAUAUUACAAGCGGAUCAGUCUGACGAUUUUUGUACGAGAAAAAAUCGGAACAUAUUAUUUUUCUAUUCUCCUACAUUAAUUUUUAUUUUUAUCGUUUACGUUUAAGAAUUUGUAAGCCUUAAUUCUAAAAAGAGCGAGCUUAGAAAUCGUGUUCCUAUAUAAUUUUUAUUAUUAUCUUUUAAGAGCUUUUAUAAUUUUAAUGCUAAUUUUCACUUGCGUUACGCACGUUCGAAUCGUUCAGCGGUUGGUGCUAAUUUGAUAUUCAAAGAUAUUACGUAGAAUAAUAUCGAAAAUGUUACGUAAAUUAAUAAUUACGUAAUUUAUUAAUUACGUAAAUAAUAAAUUAGGGAGAUUUAAAUUUUUGAUUCCUUUAAUGUUUUUAACAUUUUUUACUGGAAUAUAUUGGACAAAAUCUUAUUUAAAAAAAUAGUACGUUUAGAUAAUUUUUCUUUGUGAAAAGAAACAGUUUUAUAUCUUUUGAACGAUUAUCCACGUAUUUUUAACGAUUAUUUAUCUAUUCGUUAUAUUUUUUGUACGAUUUUAAAUAACGUACAAUAUUAAUAAAAUCCAAGCUUGAAGACUUUUUAAAUUAUUGUUAUAAUUUCUUCAGCACCAACUGCUGGACUUUUAUCUAUCUAAAACGAGUUGUACGUACAUUAAAAAAAAAAUAACUCUAAUUGACUGUUUCUAUGGUUUAGGAAGAAGAAAAAAAGAAAGGAAAGAAUAUUGUAAGCAAAUCGUGCCAUCGUAUGACGAUCAGUGUUCGUCGUUGUGCCAAUAACAACGCAAUCAAUCUGAAGAAACCUAUUCAUAGUAUUCAUAAUCAUCACUCACGUAUAUAUUCGCGUAUACACUCACGUCCAUAAGAUUGAUUCACCGAAUAAAACUUCCAUAAACCUUAAUAUAAGAAACAAUUCUACUUUUUAUUUGCACACACAUCGACGAAUCCCCCGAACAAAAAUAAACUGCUAAAUAUCUCUAUAAUUAAAUACAUUAAUGCUCGAUGAUCCUCGUUCAUCGUUAUACGUCUAAUCUAACUCCAUCCUAUAAUUAGGAGAUAACGAUCACUUAUGUUACAAUGUAUUAACCCUUAACAGCCGAACUUAAUUAUAAUUAAUUAUAGAAAAUGAAAUGCUUCAUUAUACGGAUAUUUGAAGUAAUAUUCUGUAUUAUACAGGGUGUCUGGUAAUUGAUACUGUGAUAACCAGUGGUUAGUUAAUAUGGUUAAUAACCAGUGGUACAGAAUAAUACUAUGUGAAAGGAUCUGUUGAAAAUAUAGAACGAGAGAUUUUCGUACGACGUUCGAGAGAAUGAAAUUCUGAAGCUUUGUCAACUCGUGUUCACACGACAUUCACGAAACAUAUUCAAAAUUUAUUUUCUCGCAAAUACGAAGAAUCAUCAGUUACGAAACACUCUGUACUAUAUCACAUUAUUAUAUCACUAUCGUAUUGAUAAGAAAUGUCGAUAUUAUAACUCCUUAAGACUCCCUUAAUAUUUAUUUGCGAUUCAGCUUAAUAUGUAUUGGCCCUGUGUAAUUUCAAGAUUAAAAAUAUAAAAGAAUUCAUUCCUGAUUA